AACACACCAUAAACAAAACUUCCUUAAUUUCUCUUCUUCUUCUUCUUCUUAUUUUCUAAAACUUUAUUGUUAUCAUGGAAAUGAAUGGAGAGAAAAUGAGGAUGAAUGAGGAGUUAUGCAUGAAAGAUCCAUUGAAGUGGAAGGUGGCAGGGGAGGGAUUAAAAGGAAGCCACCUUGAUGAAGUGAAGAAGAUGGUAGAGGACUUUAGGAAGCCAUUGGUGGAGCUUCAAGGUGCUUCACUAAAAAUAUCUCAAGUGGCGGCGGUGGCCACGGCGGCGGUGGAGGCUCCGGUGAGGGUGGAGCUUGCUGAGUUGGCAAGGGGUAGGGUGAAGGCCAGUAGUGAUUGGGUGAUGGAUAGUAUGAAUAAAGGCACUGAUAGUUAUGGUGUAACUACUGGUUUUGGUGCUACUUCUCAUAGGAGAACCAAGCAAGGUGGUGCUCUUCAAAAGGAGCUUAUUAGAUUCCUAAAUGCUGGAAUCUUCGGUGGCGGGAAGGAAUCUGGCAACACAUUGCCAUCUUCGGCAACAAGGGCAGCAAUGUUAGUUAGGAUUAACACACUCUUGCAAGGAUACUCUGGAAUUCGUUUUGAGAUUUUAGAAGCUAUAACUAGCCUUCUUAACAACAAUAUGACACCAUGCCUUCCCCUCCGCGGCACAAUCACUGCUUCCGGUGAUCUUGUACCGUUGUCCUACAUUGCCGGUGUCCUCACCGGACGUCCCAACUCGAAGGUCACCACUCCGGAAGGCAAGAUUGUAAAUGCCGAAGAGGCAUUCAAGUUGGCCGGCAUUAAUGGAGGCUUCUUCGAUUUGCAACCAAAGGAAGGUCUAGCUCUUGUCAAUGGCACUGCAGUUGGCUCUGGUUUAGCUUCCAUUGUCCUCUUUGAUGCGAACAUCCUCGCUAUCUUAGCUGAGGUUCUUUCUGCCGUGUUUUGUGAGGUAAUGCAAGGAAAGCCGGAAUAUACUGAUCAUCUUACUCACAAGCUAAAGCAUCACCCCGGACAAAUUGAAGCUGCCGCGAUUAUGGAACACAUCCUUGAUGGAAGUUCAUACAUGAAGAUGGCGAAGAAGAUUCAUGAACAAGACCCUCUUCAAAAGCCGAAGCAAGAUCGAUAUGCAUUGCGAACUUCUCCUCAAUGGCUCGGUCCCCAAAUCGAAGUCAUUCGUAUGGCAACCAAGUCCAUUGAGAGGGAGAUCAACUCUGUUAAUGACAACCCCUUAAUUGAUGUUGCGAGGAACAAGGCUCUUCAUGGAGGAAACUUCCAAGGAACACCCAUUGGUGUUUCCAUGGACAAUGCUCGCUUGGCCAUUGCCGCGAUUGGUAAACUAAUGUUCGCGCAAAUUUCCGAACUUGUCAAUGAUUUCUACAAUAAUGGUUUGCCAUCAAACCUUUCCGGAGGAAGAAAUCCAAGUUUGGAUUACGGCUUCAAAGGUGCAGAAAUUGCGAUGGCUUCGUACUGCUCUGAGCUUCAAUAUCUCGCAAAUCCAGUGACUAAUCAUGUUGAAAGUGCGGAGCAGCACAACCAAGAUGUUAAUUCUUUGGGUUUGAUUUCUGCAAGAAAGACUGCAGAGGCAGUUGAGAUCUUGAAGCUCAUGACUUCCACUUUCUUGGUUGCUCUUUGCCAAGCUAUUGAUUUGAGGCAUUUGGAGGAGAACCUGAAACAAACUGUGAAGAACACUGUGAGCCAAGUUGCCAAGAGAGUAUUGACCAUGGGUGCCAACGGCGAGCUUCAUCCCUCGAGAUUCUGCGAGAAAGAAUUGAUUAAAGUUGUCGACAGAGAAUACGUAUUUGCCUACAUCGAUGACCCUUGCAGCGAUAUUUAUCCAUUGAUGCAAAAACUAAGGCAAGUUCUAGUCGAACACGCCCUCAAAAAUGGCGACAAAGAGAAAGAUGUAAACUCUUCCAUCUUUCAGAAGAUCGCCGUAUUUGAGGAUGAGCUAAAGGCCGUGUUGCCAAAGGAGACAGAAGGAGCCAGGACCGCUUUCGAGAACGGUAACUGUGCCAUUGACAACAGAAUUAAGGAGUGUCGAUCUUAUCCUUUGUAUCGGUUUGUGAGGGAAGAGCUCGGCACAAGUCUUCUAACCGGAGAGAAAGUUCGAUCACCAGGUGAAGAAUUUGAUAAAGUGUUCACUGCUAUCAGCCAUGGCAAGGUCAUUGAUCCUCUCUUUGAAUGCUUGAAGGAAUGGAAUGGUGAACCACUUCCCAUUUGUUAGACAUUGUUUGAUCUUCUCUACAGCCAAGUCUUAAUUUGCUUUUGUUCUUUCAAAUUGUAAUGUUUCUGGUACUUGUGCUUCAUCUAGCAAGCAUAUUCUAUAUCUGUAUAUUGUUUACUUUUCUUUCUCUACUUGUUUUCCAUGCUAAAUGAUAUUUAGAGCUAUGAUAGCUCUUUGGUUUAA